UUCUUGUAUUUCUCUAGGUCCUUUAAUGCUCAAGAACAACAACAAAAACCUUUUCCAGUUCCUAGUGUCACCUGUGUCAAAACUGCAUCUAGAACACGGUUUAUGUGUAAAUCGUAGGAGUCUGAGGGUUGGAGCACAGGCGAAGCGUUGUCAUGUUAACUGGACUAAGGUUGAAGGCUGAGGGAGGGAUUGAAGGGUGAACACCAUUCAUUGAGCACCUACAAUGAGCCAGUGACUUUAAUGGACUUAAGCAGUUAAUUUCUUUUUUUUUUCUUUGUAAGGCCGCUGCUUUCAUGGAGUUUACAUCCUACUGAAUGACUGGUAUGAAUCCUCUCUCUCCUUAUUUAAAUGUGGAUCCACGGUAUCUCGUGCAGGAUACAGAUGAGUUUAUUUUACCAACCGGAGCUAAUAAAACCCGGGGCAGAUUUGAACUGGCCUUUUUCACCAUUGGAGGAUGUUGUAUGACAGGGGCUGCAUUUGGGGCAAUGAACGGUCUACGGCUAGGAUUGAAAGAAACCCAGAACAUGGCCUGGUCCAAACCAAGAAACGUACAGAUUUUGAACAUGGUGACAAGGCAAGGGGCACUUUGGGCUAAUACUCUAGGUUCUCUGGCUUUGCUUUAUAGUGCAUUUGGUGUCAUCAUUGAGAAAACACGAGGUGCAGAAGAUGACCUCAAUACAGUAGCAGCUGGAACUAUGACGGGCAUGUUGUAUAAAUGUACAGGUGGUCUUCGAGGGGUAGCACGAGGUGGUCUAGCAGGACUGACACUUACUAGCCUCUAUGCACUAUAUAACAACUGGGAGCACAUGAAGGGCUCUUUGCUCCAACAGUCACUCUGAAGAUUCUGCCAACUUGUGACUAGAGGACACUUUAGUAGUCAUCCAGAUCAAUUUAUGAGUCCAUCUGGAGUUCUCUUCUAUACCUACAAAUAGUUUGAAAAAUUGUGCAGAUUUCCGAAUUGCUGUGAUGAAGAUGGUUGACUAGACUGGCUUUCCUUCCAGCCAUUAGUGAGUUGAAGCCAAAACCCUUUGGUGGCUGAGUAAUAUGGUUCUUUUUCAAGAUCUUGCACCUGUUCUCUUUGUUACCUCCUGAACUGGAAAACCACUUACUCCCAUCAUUCAGGUCAUUCUUGUUGUCAGUACUAUAUCACCAUGUUUGUUCAUUUAAUGAUCCAAGACUGUAAUAUUGCCUUGUAUUCCCAAUAAAGUGUGAAAAACCAAAGUCCACUCCAACGUAAACAUAGUGGGUGUUUCCAUUUAAAAACAUCUUUCUGAUUUUAAAGUGAAAUUUACUCUUAGCAUAUUUUUUUUUGCCCCAACUAGGCUAAAACAUGUUUUCAUGUUUGAAUUGAAAUGAAGGGUUACUGGCAGUAUUAACAGAUGGGUUAAAAUUUCCCUCCAAUAGAGUUGACACUAAAUAACCUCAAGAUACUUCAGAUUAAACAUUAUACCAUUAGUGUGCUAGAACCACCUGUCCAGUGAUCAUGCUUAAUUAUGUAUAUAUUAACUGGUCCCCUUUCUGGGGAUAGUUAGAAAAAGAGAUGUAAUAGCUAAGAGUUUUAAGUUUUUAAGGAAGCCUUGGGAAAGUGAAAGGAAAUAAAGGCAAGUUAUUUCUAGUUUCUAUAUAUGAAAAAAUAAAAUUGCACUGCAGAUUAUACAUAUAUAUAAUAAAUUCUAAACAACUGAUGGUUAUGAUUGGAAAAAGUGGGGCCUUUUUGGAUGCAUCUAGUAAGGAGGGAUUUGGCAGAAAGUUUUAGCAGAUUGAAAAUUAAAAGGAAUAACAUGAAGAGUUUGUAGCAACAGACUGAAAAUGGAAGUUAGUAGCAGCAUACCUGUUCUUGCUAACUUAAGAUUCAUAAAAUACAGAUAUUUUAUUGAAUAUAAAAAUUUUUGUUAUCAGUGUACUACUAACCAAAGGUUAUCACAUUUACAUGUGAUAGAAUAUUUUGUUACAAGGUACUUUUACAAAUACACACAACUAUGGCUGUUAGACUUUUAAUGGAGGGAAGUACAAAAUGCAUCAAUGCAAAAGACUUUUACAUACUAAUUAGCAAAGUGAUUAAUGUAAAUGUAGGAAUACACAGUGUUAAACCUCAAAAACUACAAAGUUUCCUGCAACCUAAAAUAAUGGAAAGGCUCCUUACGUUUUUACCCACCACCUUUAUUAAAGUUCCAAAUGGUGUCUGGGGGAGAUAAAAUAAUAGAGGGCUUUUUCCAGCCAUGGUUCAAGAAUUCCAAUGAAGCUGUAUGGCAAACGGCACUGUUAAGACUGAAAUUUCCCCAAAGGGGCUUCUAGAUGAUAACAUCACACACUUUAAAGUAUUUCCAAUACCAUAUCCAGGGCAAGUUGAGUGGCUUAAUUUAGAAGCCUGGAAAGCAGCUUAUCAAAGAAUUUAAAAACAAAUCCCAUCUCUCUCCUACAGAGAAACUUUUUAAAUCGUGGGCAUGACUUUAAGAAUUUUGAGAAAACACCAGUUUUCAUAAAACUUCAAUAAACACCCCAAGGCACAAGUGUUCAGAACAGCCAGCUCACUGCACUUUUAGAGGUAAAGGUACAAGGUACACUGCUUGCAGUGAGGACAUUUAAUUUAUCCCUAGUUAAAAGCACCAAGUGUUAAUGUCAAGCUCAACUUCCAUUUACACAGGAUACACCAAUAACCAACCCUUAGGAUAAUGAAUAGUUCAAGUACUAUAUUUCCAACAUGUUUUGCCUUUUGCUCUCUGAUUAAUCGGCACUGGGGCUAGACUUUUGCUUGCAUUUCUUCAGAAUAUUUUAAAAUAGGUUAGGAUUACCCAGAAUAUCAUCUUAAAGCAAUUUAGAGCUUUUCUAAAAGCGCUCACUAGAUAAUUUAAUAACACUUAAGGAAAUAAAUACAAAAUUUGCAGUAGCUUUAAUUUCUUACAAAAGAAAAUGUAGAAUCUGACCUGUGGGUUAAAUGUUUUGUAAUUAAUGUCAAAAAUUGCCAAGAUGUUGGCACACAUUUUGGCUUACCCCCCCAAAAAAA